AGGGUAUCCUCGACCCGAGCGGACUCAACCUCGCCUGCCGGGAACUGACAGCUUGGAAUCUGGGCUAUGGUACAAUACAGCCCUGUUCCUAUGAAGAUUCCUCCACACUUCCUCAGUGAACAUUCUUCUUCUCUUGGCUAUGUAUUAGUCUUAUAAUAGAAGAAUGUGUUUGUAGGAUUUGUUGCACCUCGCAUUAGGACCCACAGAACUUGGCAGAGGACCAAGGGGCUUCUUCCGAUCUCUUGGAGACUUCCCAGGAGCCCAGAUGGAUGAGCAAGAUUCAGUUCGCCCUGAAGCAGGAAGAGGCCAUGCCCUGGAAACUGGGAGCAGUGGGGGAUUCUGUGAAAACUCCGUGCAGAAGAUUCUGGGUGAGGAGGACACCCUCCACUCAGCUGUGCAGACCCAGCAGCUCAGGCAGGAGGCCAAAGGACCCCGAGAGGUUUGCAGACAACUCUACCACUUUGACCUUCAAUGGCUAAAGCCAGAAAGGCACACGAAAGCUGAGGUGCUGGACCUGGUGAUCUUGGAGCAGUUCCUGGCUGUCCUUCCUCCAGAGAUGGAGAGAUGGGUGAGGGAAUGUGGAGUGGAGACCAGUUCCCAGGCAGUGGCCCUGGCCGAAGGAUUCCUCCUGAGUCAGGCAGAAGAGAGAAGGCAGGCAGAGCAGCAGGGGAAGGAUCUUGAUUCUUCUGAGGAAGAGAAGACUCUGUUGGACACCAGAGUGAGGCCUCUGGGUGACAGAAUGAUGCCACCAAGACCUUCUCCUUCAUCUUUUCAUGGUGGAGGGGAGGCAGCGGCUGUGGACCCAGAUCAGGGUCUGGUGUGCUUUGAAGAUGUAGCUUUGCAUUUCACUGAUGAGGAGUGGGCGUUGCUGGAUCCUGACCAGAGAGCUCUGCACCAGGAGGUCAUGGAGGAGAAUCGCGGGCUGUUGGAAUCUCUCGUUUCAGGUGGUGAUGAAUUGGAAGUGAACAACAAGGGAGAAAAAAAAGAAAUCCACACAGUAGAGGAACCAUAUCAGGACUCAGAUUGUGGCGAGAGCUUCAGUCAGAGCUCCCAUUCCUCUUCCCAUCAAAGAAAUUGCCUUGAGAAGAAACCCUAUCAGUGCUUGGUGUGUGGAAAGAGCUUCACUUGGAAACAGACUUUAGCUUCCCAUCAAAGAGUUCAUACAGGGGAGAAACCCUAUCAAUGCUUGGAGUGUGGAAAGAGCUUCAGUCGAAAGGACAGUUUCACUUCCCAUCAAAUAAUUCAUACAGGGGAGAAACCCUAUCAGUGCUUGGAAUGUGGAAAGAGCUUCAGUCGAAAGGACAGUUUCAUUUCCCAUCGAAUAAUUCAUACAGGGGAGAAACCCUAUCAAUGCUUGGAGUGUGGAAAGAGCUUCAGUCAAAAGGGCAGUUUCACUGCCCAUCUAAGAAUUCAUACAGGGGAGAAACCCUAUCAGUGCUUGGAAUGUGAAAAGAGCUUCAGUCGAAAGGACAAUUUCACUUCCCAUCAAAAAAUCCAUACAGGGGAGAAACCCUAUCAGUGUUUGGAAUGUGGAAAGAGCUUCACCAGGAAAGAAAGUUUCACUUCCCAUCAACGAAUUCAUACAGGGGAGAAACCCUAUCAGUGUUUGGAAUGUGAAAAGAGCUUCAGUCGAAAGACCAGUCUCACUGCCCAUCAAAGAAUUCAUACAGGGGAAAAACCCUAUCAGUGCUUGGAGUGUGCAAAGAGCUUCAGUAACAGCUCCAGUCUAACUGCCCAUCGAAGAAUUCAUACAGGGGAAAAACCCUAUCAGUGCUUUGAGUGCUCAAAGAGCUUUGGUGACAGCUCCAGUCUCACUGCCCAUCAAAGAAUUCAUACAGGGGAAAAACCCUAUCAGUGCUUGGAGUGUGGAAAGAGUUUAAGUGACAGUUCCAGUCUCACUGCCCAUCAAAGAAUUCAUACAGGGGAAAAACCCUAUCAGUGCCUGGAGUGUGGAAAGAGCUUCACCUGGAAAAAAAGUUUCACUUUCCAUCAAAGAAUUCAUACAGGGGGAAAACCCUAUCAAUGUUUGGAAUGUGGAAAAAGCUUCACCUGGAAAAUAAGUUUCACUUCCCAUCAAAGAAUUCAUACAGGCGGGAAACCCUAUCAGUGCUCAGAAUGUGGAAAGAGCUUCACCUGGAAAAAAAGUCUCACUUCCCAUCAAAGAAUUCAUACAGUGGGAAAACCCUAUCAAUGUUUGGAAUGUGGAAAGAGCUUCACCUGGAAAAUAAGUUUCACUUCCCAUCAAAGAAUUCAUACAGGGGGGAAGCCCUAUCAAUGCUUGGAAUGUGGAAAGAACUUCAGAAGGAGCUCACAUCUCACUUCCCAUCAGCGAAUUCAUACAGGGGAGAAACCCUAUCAGUGCUUGGAAUGUGGAAAGAGCUUCACCUGGAAAAUAAGUUUCACUUCCCAUCAGCGAAUUCAUACAGGAGAGAAACCCUAUGAAUGCUUGGAAUGUGGAAAGAGCUUCACCAGGAAAGAAAACCUCACUGUCCAUCAAAGAAUUCAUACGGGGGGAAACCCCUAUUAGUGCUAGGAAUGUGGAAAGAGCUUCAGUCAAAAAGGAAAUCUCACUUUCAUCAAAGAAUUCAUAUAGGGGUGAAACCAUAUUGGUGCUUGGAAUGUGGAAAGAGAUUCAGUCAAAACCACAGUUUCACUUCCCAUUGUUGAAUUCAUAAAGGAGAGAAACCCUAUCAGUGCGUGGAAUGUGGAAAGAGAUUCACUAGUAAAGAAAGGCUCACUAUCCAUCAAAGAAUUCAUACAGGGGAGAAGCCAUAUCACAGCUUGGAGGGUGGAAAGAUCUUCAGUCACAGGGCAUAUCUCAAGUCCCAUCAAAAAAUCUAUACAGGGGAGAAACCCUAUCAGUGCGUGGAAUGUGGAAAGAGCUUCAGUUCAAAAGGAAACCUCACUGUCCAUCAAAGAAUUCAUAAAGGGCUGAACCAUAUCAGUGCUUGGAAUGUGGAAAGAGCUUCAAUCAGAGUGCAUCUCUCACUUCCCAUCGUAGAAUUCAUACAGGGGAGAAACCCUAUAAGUGCUUGGAAUGUAGAAAGAGAUUCACCAGGAAAAAAACUCUCACUGUCCAUCAAAGAAUUCAUACAGGGGAGAAUCCAUACGCAUACUUGGAAUGUGGAAAGAGCUUCAGAAAGAGCUGCAAUCUCUUUUUUAAAAUUAAUUUUUGCCUAUAUUUUCCAUACACCACAUAACAUCUUUCCUUACCUUAUACUUUGUUUUGGGUAUAAACCUUGGACUUCCCUCAACCACAUCUAAUGACUUUUGAUCUUCCUCACUUAUCUUGCAGUUCACUAUUUUCACUCUUAUUUUCAAUAGUCCAUAAUAAAUAGUCCUUUUCAUAAUUUUUCCCUGCAAUAUUUCAUAUAGUGUUCCUUACAAAACUUCUUGCAGUCCUACAAUUGUAAUCUGUUGAUUACAAUUGAUUUUCAAAUAGUUCACGUACAGGUAUUUACUACAAUCUUCUAAAAACUUCUGAUCCCGCCGGUUCUGAAUUCUUCCUGUUAUCUUAUCCAAUUCUGCAUAGUCCAUUAAUUUUGUUUGCCAUUCCUCUUUCGUUGGUAAUUCUUCUUGCUUCCAUUUCUGUGCCAAUAAUAUUCUAGCUGCCGUUGUAGCAUAUAAAAACAAUUUCUUGUCUUGUCUAUUAAUAUUAAUAUCCUCGCCAACAAUACCAAGUAAAUGUAUAUUUCAACAUCUUUUUCAACUCAUAUACCAUUUCCCAGAAGCUUUUUACUUUCUUACAUUCCCAAAAAGUCCCUUCUUUUUCCUUACAUUUCCAACAUUUAUUACUUAUUUUAUACAUUUUAGCUAAUUUCACUGGCGUAAUAUACCACCUAUACAUCAUUUUCAUCACAUUUUCUUUCAAGGCAUUGCAUGCUAUAAAUUUUAUUCCUUCUUUCCACAAUUUUCCCCAGUCUUUUAGCUGUAUGUUAUACUCAAAAGUCUUUGGCCCAAUAUAUCAUGACCGACUUUACCUCUUCGUCUUUCAAGUGCCAUUCCAACAGCAAUUUGUACAUUUUAGACCAUUUUUUAUAAUUAUUAUUUCAUAUUUCAAAUUCAAAUUUUGAUUAUGACCAAAUCCAUUUUCCUUUAAAUCCUCUUUAAACAUUUAAUUGAUUUGGCGAACAAUCAUUUACAUAUUCUUUUACUUCUUCAUAAGGUUUAAUUUCCCAUUUAUUUCCUUCCUCUCUUACUAUUUUUUCAUAUGUGACCCAAUUUUGGCUCAUAUUUAUCUUUUCACACUCAUUGCUUCCAAAGGUGACAACCACCAAGCUGUUUUACAUUCUAAUAGGUUUUUAUACCUAUCCCAUAUUUCAAAUAGAGGCCUUCGAAAUAUAUGGUUACCAAAUCCUUUAUGCACUUUUGUUUUGUUAUACCAUAAAUAUGCAUGCCAACCAAAUCUAUUGUCAAAACCUUCUAAAUCCAACAUAUCUAUAUUUUCUAACAAUAUCUAUUCCUUUAACCAACAGAGGCAAGAUGCUUCAUAGUCCAACUUCAAGUCUGGAGGUGUAAAGCCCCCUCUUUCUUGUAUAGGUAAAGGUAAAGGACCCCUGACCAUUAGGUCCAGUCGUGACCGACUCUGGGGUUGCGCGCUCAUCUCACAUUAUUGGCCAAGGGAGCCGGCGUACAGCUUCCAGGUCAUGUGGCCGCUUCUGGCAAACCAGAGCAGCACAUGGAAACGCCGUUUACCUUCCCGCUGUAGCGGUUCCUAUUUAUCUACUUGCAUUUUGAUGUGCUUUCAAACUGCUAGGUUGGCAGGAGCUGGGACCAAGCAACAGGAGCUCACCCCAUCACAGGGAUUCGAACCGCCGUCCUUCUGAUCAGCAAGUCAUAGGCUCAGUGGUUUAACCACAGCGCCACCUGGGUCCUCUGUUAGCAAUUUAAAUUUAAUUCUUGGUUUCUUCCCCUGCCAGAUAUAUCUUGAAAUAGUUUUCUGCAACUCCUUAAAUAUAGUUGCCCCCUUGAUUGGAAUUGAUUGAAACAAAAAUAACAUCUUUGGUAGCACAUUCCUUUUAAUAACAGAUAUCCUACCCCAUAGGAAUAGUUUCAUACUUCCCCAUCCUUCCAGGUCUCUCUUAAUUUCAUUCCACAUCAGUGUAUAAUUAUUUUGGAAUAGAUCUAUAUUCUUUGAUGUUAACCAAAUUCCUAAAUGUUUAACUUUUUUUUACUGCUUCUAUACCAAUCUGCUGUUGCAACAUAUCCACCAAAUCUUGAUUCAUAUUUUUAACUAACAUUUUCGUUUUCGUUUUAUUUAAUUUAAAACCUGCUACUUGUCCGAAUUGUUCUAUUUCCUCUAAUACUUCUUUAGCACUAAUUAACUGUUCUUUCAUUGUUAAAACCAGCUGCAAUCUCACUUCCCAUCAAAGAAUUCAUACAGGGGAGGGAUUGGAGGGAUUUAUGAAAUUAUUAAGUUUUACCUCACGCAAGUCCCCCACAAGAUAAUCUGAGGUGGUUGGAGGGAAUUUGUGGAAGUGGUGUUCUGUGAGGUGGGUGCCCAAGGGGGCCCGGGGGGGGGAAGAGCCGUUGUCGCAUAUUAAUUGGUGUUAGAGGUGGGAUACGAAGUUAAAACCCACACAGAUCCCAUUUAGUUUUGAGCGGACUGGCAGAGACUUAAACAUUCCUGAGGAAAACUGGAUGCUGUACUUACGCCCUGGAAUUUUGAGUGAAAUAUACUCAGAUCUCAGAGAGGAUGAAACCUCUGAUUCCCUCACAUUUAAAGAGAGAGUCAAAGUGUGCUUUGGUCUGUCCGCAGAAUGAAGCCGAAAAGCUUUUGGUGAAAUUAAAAGAAAACCAGGAGAGACUUAUGGUAGCCGAAUUGACAAAGCUCUGGACAGAUGAGUGGAAGGGAGGAAAGUUAGAUGAGCUCAAACAGUUAAUCAGUUUAGAACAAUUUGUUAAACUGGUUCCUGCUCAUUUAUGCUAGUUCCUCAAAGAUAAGAAACUUAUCUUGGAAAUUUACAGGUUGUUCCUUGCUGAAAGAAAAUUAUAUGAAAAUGAUGUAUAGAUGGUAUAUUACACCAGUCAAAAUGGUAAAAAUGUAUAAAACUGGGUCAAAUAUAUGUUGGAAAUGUAAAGAAAAAUAAGGGACAUUUUAUCAUGGGAAUGUAGUGAAGCUAAAAAAUAUUGGGAAAUGAUUUAUAAUGAAUAGAAAAAAUUGAUAAAAAAGACUUUUGUUAAAAAGCCAGAAGCAUUUUUAUUAGGAAUUUUAGGGCAAGAUAUGCUGGGGAAAAUGAAGAAUUUGUUUAUGUAUGCCACCACUGUGGCAAGAGCAUUGUUAGCACGAGGGUGGUAGAAGGAAGAAAUACCAACAAAAACAAUGGCAAGAGAAAUUGAUGAACUAUGCAGAACUUGCAAAACUAACAUACAAAUUACGUGAAAAGGACAAUCAGGAAUUCAAGGAAGAAUGGGAACUAUUUGCAAAUUAUUUGAAAAAACAACAGAGACUUGCAUGCAUUGGCAGGAUUUGAAUAAACAUACACAUUUUUUUCCCUAUUAAAAUGAUGUGAAAAUUUAGGGAAACGAUAUGUACAAUUAUAUAACAUGCAGAAACAAUAUGCAAAAAUAAAUCUCUACAAGGGAGCUGAGGGAAGUCUAGGAAGGGGGAGGGGAAGGUGGAAAGGGAAGGGAAGGGAAUGGAAGCAGUAUGAAAGUAUGAGAGUUUAUUAGCCCGGGAUGAUAAGUGGAAGUCUGUUUAUAGGGAGUUUAUAUGAAGUUAAAAGAAAUUACUUUAUUUGAUAUAUAUGAUUUAUUUGAUUUAGGUUAUGAUUUAGGGAUGUAUUAGUAUGUUUUUAUUUGUAUAUUUUGUAUGUUUUGUUUGUUUUGUUUAUAUUAUUUAUUUCAUUUGUAUGUUUUUGAUUUGAAUUUCAAUAAAGUUUAUUAAAAAGAAGAAGACGACAUGCUGAUUCCAGAGGAUGAGAAGUGUCUAACACACAGUGCAAUAAACACGGGUCUGGCACCCAAGUUUGGCUAAAUCAAAUUCCAACACUUACGGAAUCCAGGAAUUUUGGGGGGGGGGGUAUAAGAAUGUCAUUGUGUUCAAUCCCUUAGGCUGCUUCUGUAUUGUUUCACAUGUGACUUCACUAAGAUAAUAUGAUAUUUAUUGCUGAAAUAGGGAGAAAACGCAACAUAUGCUACAAUACAGAUGCCCCUCCCCCUUAUAUUCCAAUGUCUAGGAAGCCUGUCUCCCCCCUCCACCUGCCCUUU